AUGGCUGCUGUUAUUCAAUUUCGUAACUGGUGCAAAGUUGAUCUCCUUAUUCGACCCGUCCUCACACAACACAUGACCAAUGUUGAAGGUCUUGACUCUGUUGACUCCUUCGCUAACAGAACCACUUCUCAAGUCCGUGAAGACAUCAAAUAUGGGAAGCUCCUCGUUUUGGUUCAGAGAACUCAUACUCCAGCCCUUGGAACUAUCCAAAAUCUCCUUUUUAUUGGUCAAUUCUAUGAUGAAAACCCGGAUCUCAUGGAAGGGGACUCCUACCCACUUCCUCCUCAUCCUCCAAAGUUCAACAAUCGCGAUGGUCAAAUCAUGAUGGAAAACAUUGAAAGUUGGGCUCGUACCGCCUAUGGAUAUCGUGGAAUUUGCCUUGAUUAUAUUUUCCGUGAAAAUUCUGAACUUCCAGUUGUUGGUGACCCUGGCUUUCUCAAAGCCGAUGAUGGCACUCGCUCCAUUGAAGAAGAACUUGUCCGAUGUGCUGCCCACACUGGUGCUGUGCUCCGUCGCAACAAUCAGAAAUUUUGGGUUAUGCUCCAUGCCGUCACACAUGAAACUGAUGCCUACAAUCACGUUCGUCAAUUUGCUCCAACUUUGAAUGGCCGAGCUGCUUACUUCGCUCUGUUUGCACAAUAUCGUGGAAGGGGACAUUUCACCAAUGAACGCCAAGCUGCUGUCCGUGUCCUCGUAACACUUCACUGGAACGGAGAUGCCGUUCUCCGAUCCAAUUUCCAAGGUGCCAUCAAUUAUUUAACAACACAAGUCUUAGCUGCAGGUAACGACAACACCCAGCGCCGCAAUCGACAACUUGCUGCUUUCACACGUGGUGGUGGCGGACGCGGUGGUGAUGGGAGAAAUGGAGGUCGUGGCCGAGGAAAUGGUGCCACAAACCGCCUGCAAUCAAAUGUUCCAGAUCGCUUUAGCCGCAAUGGUAUACUACUAAAUGAUGGAGGUUAUUCAAAUCAAAUCUGGAGAGAGGAGUUUACACAAGAAGAAAGAAAUAUCUGUUUAGAAAUGCAUCGCAACCGUCGCAAUGGUGGUGGUUGUGGCAGAAGAGGCCGUGAAGGCUGUGGUGGUCGUGGUCGUGGUCGUGGUAUCAGCGCUGUCCAUGAUGGACGAGCUGAUCAAGAAGAAACAAAAGAAGAUAACAAUGAUGGGCGUGGGGCAGUUGCAGGAAUGAGUCGUCGCCGUCGCAACCAUCGUGAAGACAAUUGA